AUGUCAUCGACAACGGCCGAAACACCAAUCGCCGGAGCUGCCGCUGCCGCUGCCGCCGAGGACGUAGGGCCCGGCAGCAGCCCGGCAUCGCCGUCACGGUCGCAGCCGCAGUCGCCGGCCUCCGCCCGAGCCGUUCCGUCCGGCGUGACGGUCGUCUUCGCGGAGCGCAAAAGGACGGGGCGCAUCGCCGGCGCCAAGUACAAAGCAGACGGCACCCCUUACAAACGCCCCGGCCCACCGCCCAAACCCAUAGAGGAGCGCGCGCGCUACCAGGCCCGCGGGCCGCUAAAGCGCAUGGAGAGGUCGUACACGGACCAGAAGCGCAGGGAGGUCGUCAUGUUCCUGCAGAACCACAAGAUCCGCGUGACGGACGAGAACGACAUACGCGCGCGUAAGGGCUGGAACGGCGGCCGCGAGGACCAGCAGCCACCCGAGGAGCCCGGGUACCGGUGGCCGACCCUGAAGGAGACGUCCGACUGGUUCAAGGUCCCCGAGCGGACCGUCCACAGCUGGUGGAAGCGGCGGCAGAAGAUCCUCGGGAACGCGCCGAAGAAGUUGACCAAGGCCGAGAAGAGACGGAUGGCCGAGGAGGAAGAGAGGAGGUGGAAGGAGGCGGAGGAGCGGAGGGAGCAGUUGAGUGCGAUCGGCUGGCCGACGGAGGCCUUGCCGGAGAUGAUCCCCGGUUAUGAGGGGGCCUGGCAGAGGGCGUCGGAGGAUGUGCGGAUGCAGAUUCAGGGUCUACCGCAACCCGAGGCCGGCGAGAUGAGUUCACGGGCAAUCUCCCGCUCCGCGUGCGCCGCCACCAGUCUCACAACCACCGGCUCCUCAUGUGCUGCUGCCGGCCUCCCAAUCACCGGCUCCUCGUGUACUGCUGCCAGCUUCCCAACCUCCCGCUCCUCAUGUGCUGCUACCGGCCUCACAAUCACCGGUCCCGCGAAUGCUGCUGCCGGCUUCUCAAUCUCCCGCGCCCCGUGUGCUUCUACCAGCACCUCCGAGGACUGA